UUUAGUUGAAUAUUUUAAUAUGUCUAAAAAGGAGUUAGCAUUUUCAAUUGUUUCUUUUUUAAAAUCAGAAGUGGAAAGUGAAAGCCUAAAUGCUGAUGGUAUUGAAGGUUUAGAAGUUGCAAUUCAAUGCAUUGAAUCAGCAUAUGGACUGGAAGGGUUUCAACCUGAACAUGAUAUAAAUUUGUUAAAUGUUUUUAGCGCAGCUACUGAAAAGGACUCAAGUAAGGUACUCAGAGAUAAACUCUUAGCAGAUGACCUGAAAAAUAAAGGCAAUGACUUUAUGAAAACAGAGCAAUAUGAUGAAGCAAUUGAUUCUUACACAAAAGCUAUUGAGUUAGAUUCAAAAAAUGCUGUGUAUUAUUGUAAUAGGGCAGCUGCAUGGACAAAACUAAAUAACAACCAGAGAGCGAUUUUAGACUGUGAGCAUGCAAUAAACAUUGAUCCAACAUACAGCAAAGCAUAUGGCAGAUUAGGUCUGGUAUAUAUGACUGAAAAACAGUUUGAUAAAGCUGUUGCUAAUUAUAAAAAGGCUCUUUCAAUAGAACCUUCUAACCAAUCGUAUAAAAACAACUUAGAACAAUCAGAAAGAAGUCUUAGUGGGGCCAAGUCAACACAACCACCUACACCAAAUCCUGCAAACCCAUUAGCUGGAUUGGAUCUUGGUGCUUUAUUGAGCAAUCCUGCAGUCAUGAAUAUGGCUCAAAGUUUUAUGCAAAAUCCCCAAAUGCAAAACAUGUUUGCUAAUCUAAUGGGAGGAGCUGCAGUUCCAUCAAUGGGAGGAGCUCCAUCUUCAGCUCCAAUUCCACCUGCUGCUCAAACUGCAUCAACAACUUCAACUACACAGCAAAAUACUUUUUCAUCGCAACAUCCUACCAACAUUCCAAUAUCUCCUGAUUUAGAUAUGGGAAAUAUAAUGAAUGCGGCAUCUUUGUUUGCUGAGCAAAUGCGCCAGCAGAAUCCUGAAUUGGCAGCAAAUCUAUCAGCCCAAUUUCAACAAGGACAUCAACACCGAAAUCCAAACCCUCAAAAUCCACCUGAUAAAUAAUUACCCAUAAAUGCUUGAAAUAUUUUAAAUUAUAAUUAAUUUUGUAAUUUUUUUUUUUUUGUUGUUUUGGGAUAUUAAAAUAAUUAUAGA